CCGCCCUCGCCGCUCUCCUCGCCGGCCGGCGGCCUCGGCGCCCGUGCUCGCCUAGCGCGGCCCACGACCGCGCCCGGGCCUCGGCCCGCCAGGGCGCCCGCGCGGAUCGGCCGGGCCUCGCAGGCGAUGGCGGCCGCGGCGGCGCUCUCGGGCGCGGGCGCCCCUCCCGCGGGCGGCGGGGCCGGGGGCGGCGGGAGCCCGCCGGGCGGCUGGGCCGUGGCGCGGCUCGAGGGCCGCGAGUUCGAGUACCUCAUGAAGAAGCGCUCGGUGACCAUCGGGCGCAACUCGUCGCAGGGCUCGGUGGACGUGAGCAUGGGGCACUCGAGCUUCAUCUCGCGGCGCCACCUGGAGAUCUUCACGCCGCCGGGCGGCGGCCCCGGCGCGGCGGCCCCGGAGCCCGCGCAGCCGCGGCCGGACGCGGGCGGCGACUUCUACCUGCGCUGCCUGGGCAAGAACGGCGUCUUCGUGGACGGCGUCUUCCAGCGGCGCGGGGCGCCGCCGCUGCAGCUGCCGCGCGUAUGCACAUUCAGGUUUCCGAGCACAAACAUCAAGAUCACGUUCACAGCUCUGUCCAGUGAGAAGAGGGAGAAGCAAGAGGCGCCGGUGUCUCCAGUGAAGCCCGUGCAGCCACACAUCUCACCCCUGACCAUCAGCAUUCCAGACACCAUGGCCCACCUCAUCAGCCCCCUCCCCUCCCCAACGGGAACCAUCAGUGCUGCGAACUCCUGCCCAUCCAGCCCCCGGGGAGCAGGGUCUUCAGGGUACAAAAUGGGCCGUGUGAUACCAUCUGACCUCAAUUUAAUAGCUGACAGCUCACAGCCAGAAAAUGAAAAGGAAGCUUCAGGUGGAGACAGUCCAAAGGAUGAUUCAAAGCCACCUUACUCCUAUGCACAGUUGAUAGUCCAAGCAAUUACCAUGGCUCCUGAUAAACAGCUCACUCUCAAUGGAAUCUAUACACACAUCACUAAAAACUACCCCUACUACAGGACCGCGGACAAGGGCUGGCAGAAUUCCAUCCGCCACAAUCUGUCCCUGAACCGCUACUUCAUCAAAGUGCCGAGAUCCCAGGAAGAGCCGGGCAAGGGCUCCUUCUGGAGGAUAGACCCUGCCUCCGAGAGCAAGCUGGUGGAGCAGGCCUUCCGGAAGCGGCGGCCCCGGGGCGUGCCCUGCUUCAGAACCCCUCUGGGGCCUCUGUCCUCUCGGAGUGCACCGGCCUCCCCCAACCACGCAGGAGUGCUGUCUGCUCAUUCCAGUGGCGCCCAGACCCCCGAGAGCCUGUCCAGGGAAGGCUCGCCGGCCCCCCUGGAGCCUGAGCCGAGUGGCACACAGCCCAAACUCGCAGUCAUCCAGGAGGCACGGUUCGCCCAGAGCGCACCAGGCUCACCUCUUUCCAGUCAGCCCGUCUUAAUCACCGUCCAGCGGCAGCUGCCCCCGGCCAUGAAGCCCGUCGCCUACGCCGUCGCCGCCCCAGUGACCACCUCCGCCUCACAGCCGCCCGUGGUGCAAACCGUCCACCUCGUCCACCAGAUACCAGCCGUGUCGGUCGCCAGCGUGGCCGCGCUGGCCCCGGCAAACACCUACACCGUCGCUGGCCAGGCCGUGGUCACCCAGGCGGCAGUCCUGGCCCCUCCGAAGGCAGAGCCGCAAGAGAAUGGCGACCACAGAGAGGUCAGAGUGAAGGUAGAGCCUGUUCCCGCAGUUGGCCACGCCGCGCUGGGCGCCACUGGCCGGAUCCUCCAGGCGUCGCCAGGCCCCCCCAUGCAGACGGUCACCAUUGUGCAGCAAGCGUCUAUGGGCCAGCACCAGCUCCCGAUCAAGACGGUCACGCAGAACGGGACCCACGCGGUGCCCAUCCCCCCCGCCGUGCACAGCCAGGCGAACAGCGCUGCCAGCCCCCUGCACAUGCUGGCCACCCACGCCUCUGCGUCGGCCUCCCUGCCCACCAAGCGCCAAAAUGGCGACGAGGCAGAGCAGCCGGAGCUGAAGCGGAUCAAGGCCGAGGACGGGGAGCGCAUCGUCAUCGCCCUGAGCGUCGACGCCCCUCCGGUGGCUGUGCGGGAGAAGGGGCUCCAGAACUAGCACCUAGCACUGCUCACGGGACGUCAACUCUGGUGCCAAGAGGAGAGAGCGGCGCCGCCCGUGCAAAGGGCCCUGCGGUUGGACUUCACUUCCCAGCACUGAAAACACAAACCCAGGUGGCCUUAAAACUCCCUUCCAUAGACCAAGUCACACGGGAGCCAGUGCGCAGCGGUCCCCGGCUCGAGCUGGUGUUCCCGCAGAGCGCUUGCUGGGCCGCCGCUUGUGAGCUCAGCUUUUCAGGACGCACAAGGACCGGCCUUUGGGCCUGAGCCUCCCGUGGGAUGGGGGCCGGCCAGCGCCUGAGGGAGCGGAUCUUGCAGACUGGGCUCUCCAAGGGAUGGGCCGGAGCCAGCCACCCCCUCCCGGAGACAAGACAGUGUUUUGUUGUUCACGUGGAAUUAGAAUCUUUUGAGGUGUACUUUCUUUACACAGUAAUGGGGGUCUUUGACAUUUCACACCACUCCAUUUCUACUCGGGAAAUUUUGGAAUUACAGAACCUUUCACGUGGGUUAAUUUGGGGACAGCAGCGACGCCGUUCUGUUUGUUUCUGUGGUUUGUUUCAGCUGGUGGGGAUGGCCUGCUCUGUCUGUUCUGUGCUCCUCCGGGACACCUGCACGUUCCUGAUGAGUCCCUCCCCAUGUCAGAACGGGGGCAGCAAGCGCGGGUGACCAGGACACACCCCGCCCUGCCGCCCGCCUCCUCGUUCCUGUGCGUUGACUGUCCCUGGUAUCAUUUCCUAAAGCAGUCUCCCAAGUGUUGUGUACACCCAAAAUAACAGACCCUCCCUUCCUUCCUUCCUUCCCCUUCCUUCCUUCCUUCCGUCCUUCCUUGGAAAACAGAUCGAGUAUGUACCCUUUCAAACCAAGAUCACAGAUCUCGAUCUCCACCUCGUCUGACAAGUCAGGAGCCCAUGCUGUGUGUGGCCGGGAUGCAGGGCCUGCGGCUCCUGUGAGCACCCCCCAGACUGGGCUCUGGUCCCGGGGCACCCUGCCCUCCGAACCUGCCUCCACGGAGCCUCCCUUCUCUCCUUAAGUCCUGAGACCCAGAGGGAAGGAGACGGGCGGGACAGUCUAGCUGGGCGGGCAGGGCAGACAGAGGCUGUAGCCUUGUUCUUUAAUGUCAUCAUCAUAACAUUAUUUAUUUAAAUGUAGUUAUUUUGGUAUUUAAUUUUUUUUAAAGAGAGGGGGAAGAAACCCUGUAUUUUCCUGGUGGAAUGAAAUGGCUCAGAAUGGUAUAUUUAGGCAAUUUUAAAACAUUAUUUACAUAAAGACCAAAUACAAGUCUGUUCUAGUAUUGCGUGUCGCGUCACGGUAUGGAGCUGUCUUGUUACUGCAGAUGAUGCGUAUUAAAAUUAUGAAUUACUGCACACUAGAUGGAUUUUAUAACUCAGUCACUUGACAAAUAAAGUGAGAAAUCAUGAGUGAGA